AUGUUUGGUGAGUAUAACUUUAUCUUCAUUUUUGAAACAAUAUUGAUGAUGAUAAGGUUUAAAAGAAAGAAACAAGUUGUAUUGAUAUUAUGGGUGUGGUGGUGGAGUACUAGUAUUUGUGUUAAAGCAGGAAAUGAUAGUUUGAUGGCAGGUGAAAGAUUGGAUGCCACCUCCAGUAUAUGUUCUAUGCAAGGCAGGUAUUGUCUAUUAUUCGAUGGAACAUUAGAUAGCAAAAAUGAUUAUAAUUACUUGGUUAUAGAAUAUUAUUUUAGUGGUCGACCAUCUGUAGUAUGGAUGUAUGGUAGAAACCAACCCGUUGAUAUUAAUUCGGCGGUUUUAUCUCUAAAUAACUCUGGUGUGCUCAAAAUUGAAUUUCAAUAUCAGAAAGAAAUAAUCAUUUACUCUUCCCCUCAACCUAUAAACAAUACUGUGGCUACUAUGCUAGACACAGGUAACUUUGUACUUGAACAACUUCACCCCAAUGGAACAAAGACUUUACUGUGGCAGAGUUUUGAUUAUCCAUCAGACACUUUGGUUCCAUCGAUGAAGUUAGGGGUUAACCGAAAAUCUGGACAUAAUUGGUCUUUAGUUUCCUGGUUGACUCCUUCGCUGCCAUAUUUGGGUGAGUUUAGUCUUGAAUGGGAACCAAAAGAAGGGGAAUUGAACAUUAAGAGACACGGGAAAGUGUAUUGGAAAAGCGGAAAACUUGGAAACAAUGGACUGUUCGACAAUAUUCCAGUAUAUGUUCAACAAAAUUAUACAUAUCAUGUUAUCUCGAACAAUGAUGAAGAUUCUUUCAGUUUCGAAACUAAAGACCGGAAUUAUAACAUGCUCACAGUAUGGACAUUAUACUCUGAAGGGAGGCUCUUGUGUUCGGGAGGAGAGUUAGGAAAUGCAGAUAUUUGUUAUGGAUAUAAUAGUGAUAGUGGAUGCCAAAAAUGGGAGGAUAUACCAACUUGUAGGAUGUCUGGUGAGGUGUUUGACAGAAUGAUAGGCCAACCCGACACUGACAAUAUUACCGUCCUAUACAACACGAAUAUUGGUUACAUUGAUUGCAAGGUAAGUUGUUGGAGAAACUGUGGUUGCAAUGGAUUCCAAGAAAAUUAUGGAAAUGAAACUGGAUGUAUAUUUUAUUCAUGGAAUUCUACACAAGAUGUUGAUUUGGAGAGUGUGAAUAACUUUUACAUAUUGAGAAAGCCAACAAUGUCAGACUCAAAUCACCAUGGUAAAAGAAGGUGGAUAUGGAUAAGUGCAGCAAUAGCAGCUGCUUUACUCAUAAUAGGCUCACUCAUUCUAUGGAUAGCAAUAAAGAAACACAAAUAUGGACUUAAAGUGAAGAAAGAUAAAAGAAAGGAGAAUGAGAUGCAAGAGUUAGCCACUUCCAAUGAAUUAUAUAAUAUCAAAGAUCUUGAAGAUGACUUCAAAGGACGUGAUAUAAAAGUUUUUACCUAUGCAUCCAUUUUGGAAGCAACCAUGAACUUUUCCCCUGAAAACAAAUUAGGACAGGGAGGUUAUGGACCCGUUUAUAAGGGAAUCUUGGCAACAGGGCAAGAAGUUGCCAUAAAAAGACUUUCAAGAACUUCUGGACAAGGAAUUACUGAAUUCAAAAAUGAAUUGGUCUUGAUAUGUGAACUUCAACACACAAAUCUUGUACAACUACUUGGUUGUUGUAUUCAUGAAGAAGAAAGGAUACUAAUUUACGAAUAUAUGCCAAACAAAAGUUUGGAUUUCUAUCUAUUCGAUCCUACAAAAAGGAUGUUACUCGAUUGGAAGAAGCGCUUCAACAUUAUAGAAGGAAUUUCUCAAGCAUUACUCUAUCUUCAUAAGUAUUCAAGACUAAAAAUAAUUCAUAGAGACUUGAAAGCUAGCAACAUACUUCUUGAUGAUAAUAUGAAUCCAAAAAUUUCUGAUUUUGGCAUGGCAAGAAUGUUCACACAGCAAGAAUCCACGAUUAAUACCAACAGGAUUGUCGGGACAUAUGGAUACAUGUCUCCAGAAUAUGCUAUGGAAGGAAUUUGUUCUACAAAGUCUGAUGUCUAUAGUUUUGGAGUGUUGCUACUUGAAAUUGUUUGUGGAAGAAAAAACAAUAGCUUCUAUGAUGCCGAUCGUCCAUUAAAUCUUAUAGGACAUGCAUGGGAGCUAUGGAAUGAUGGUGAGUAUUUGCGGUUAAUGGAUCCAUCAUUAACUGACUCAUUUGUUCCGGAUGAAGUGAAAAGAUGCAUUCAUGUUGGUCUCUUAUGUGUAGAACAAUAUGCAAAUGAUCGACCUACAAUGUCUGAUGUUAUAUCAAUGUUGACAAACAACUAUGAACCUGUUAUUUUACCAACAAGACCAGCAUUCUAUGUUAGAAGAGAGAUCCUUGAGGACGAAACAACUUCUAAAGUUAUGGACAGUGACACCUAUUCUACAACUGCAAUUUCCUCUUCGGAAGUAGAAAGGCAGUGA